GAGCUGCGUAGAAUCCUACUGUACUAGCGUCGGACUACCCGGAAGACUUGCAUCUGCACAACCAAUACGCAUACGCAUCUGAAAUGGCGAGAAAGAAGAGUAGCAAGGGGAAGGCAAAGAAGGAUGCCAUGCCAAAAACCGGUGCAGAAAACAGUAUAGAGAGAAAGAACGUUGACGAACUGGACAUGAAUUGGACUCCAGCUGAGCUUGACAAGGCCGAAGACCGCUCGGAUAACGAAGCUCCGGAAGACGUAGAUGGAGAGGCUGACGAAAAUGGAGAGAAAGAAGAAGAGGAGAAAAAGGAGGAAGAAAAAGAGACUGACGGACGUGGAGAUGGUAAUGGUGACGAAGAGACUCUGUCGAGUGAGGCGCAAGCCCCUGUGCCUGGUGAAAUAGCGCAGGAUAGAGGUGAGGAAGUUGAAGAUACACGUGAAUCUGACAAAGAGGAUGUGGGUGCUGAAGAAGAGGACAAAAAGCAAAGAGAGGAGAAAGCCGAAGGAGACGGUGAAGGAGACAGUGAAGGAGAAGGAGAAGAAGAAAAAGAUGAAGAAGAACACAACGACUCCACCGCUAAUAGGUUUGUCAUUGUCGAUUCGGAAGACGAAGAGGAAUUUGAAAAGGAAGAUAUACUACAGAAUGAGAAGAUCAAGGACGAUGUGAUAGAGAAGUCAACAGUAAAACCUGAAUCUGAUAGUCUGCUUAACAAGCCAACCGAACCUGAAGCUAAAUCUGCGAGUGAAGAGCUUCCUGAAACUCCAUCAAUAGUUAUUACACCCCAAGAAGAGCCGAGGGAAACUCCAUUAGUGACAACCGAAGAUACAAAAAUGGAAAAGGAAAGCAAGGUAGAAAUCGGACAGCAGCCUUACGACCCCGAAGGUGGACAAAUCGCCAGUCAUGAAUCUAGAAGUUCUGCCGAACCUCGCGAUCUUGCAUUCAUAACCCCUACCCCACUUUACAGGUACAUUGAAAACAAGGAAACACGAGACAAGAUGAAAAGUUUAACGUCCAACUUUGUGUUUGGCCUGGCAGUCGUCGAUUUCGACCAUAUCAAGGGUCCGGAACUGACAUAUUGGCUGGAUGAUGAAGUAAUUUCGGCACAAGACGAGGGUCAGUCAGAUAAAAGCAUUCAAGGGUUGCUGCAGCAGAAAAUCAGACAUUAUUCCAAGAUUUGGCCGUACCUAGCGUUUCAAGCAUUGCCCGAUGGUGUGCACAUGUACGGGGAGACAUUUACCCAAUUCACUCUCUGCUAUGACGAGUUGAAAAAAACCGAUGUCGAACUAGACUUUGACCUCGUCGACCUUGUCUUCGAUGACGAGGCACCAAAAGCAAAGACUGGCAUUGGUGCUAAAGUGGAACAAAGCGACGUAGGUGCAGGUGCAGAUGCAGAAGCGGAAGCGGACGCAGAUGUUAGUGUGAAAACAGAGACAGAUGCGAAUGGAAAUUUUGUCAACGUUGACUUCACCAAAACUGAGCAGGCGACUGGAGAUGAAACAUCAUUAGAAAAGUCGAGGACCAGGCCGGUGGUUGAGAUGGAAGACCCCAACCAGGGCGUGAUCACACUAUUUGGUUGUGCGUGUAUCAGACAACUGGAUACUGCGUUGCUGAAAAACAUCGACAAGACUCAUUUGAAACGUAGCGUUGUUCAGAAAUCUGUGAUACUUCUUACCAGGUCUCCGCUUCCUAUUCAGCUACGCGAGAAGUUGAGUAUAAUCACCCAAAGCUGGUUUGAGCAGCGUGAUUUCAGCGACCGUGAAAUAUUGAAGGCUUUGUACGUCCAUGUUUCGAGCACGUACAACCAAAAUGGGUACUUGAUUGAGGACGACGAUCUUUAUGAGGUGAACAACAAUAACAACAGCAAUAGCACAGUGGAAGACAGUUGCAAGAUUAUCAAAGAAAGUGACUUCUAUAUGGGGUUGAACUUUCAAGAGGUUGUUCGGAAGCUGCGUAGGCAACUACUGGUUAUUUUCAAAUGCCUGGUUUUAGGGAAAUCUCGGAUUCUCUUCUUUUCGAAGGACUUAAACGCGCUAUCGAACACCCAGUAUUGUUUGAUUGGACUUAUAUCCAACCUACUUUUGAACUUGUCCGACAGUGGGUACCCAUUGAGUGACAACUUUCUUCACGAAGAGAAGAUGACGAGCCAGUCGCUGAAAAGUUCCGACCGGGCGUCAAUAUUGAGGUUUUUGGGGCUUCCGUUGAGGAUCUUUGGGUUUGGCUCCUUUUUCCAGCCGUAUCUGACGUUGCAGCAACUCUCCUACAUCACGAACAUCAACACAAAGAGCUUUGUUGUUGGGUCGAGCAACGACAUCAUUCUGGAGCACAAGAAAGACUGGUUUGACGUUAUUAUUCAUUUGGAUGAGAAGGAGUCGGGGCUUUUUGGAAGCGGUGGAUGCAAAGUUGAGAUUCUGAACAAGUCCUUGAAGGACAAGGUUGGGUUGACAUGGGAUGACAAGAAGUUCAUUGAUUACAUCAUCCACUCUGUUGACACACACUAUCUACAGGAUGCGAAGGAGAGGCCUGAGGAGCAGGAAGGGGAAGAGAAGGAGAAGGCAGACGAGGAGAAGCACGACGCCGGAUCCGCCACGACGGCUACGACCAGCAGCGCUGCCGGCAGCGGCGAGCACCGGAGCACCCGAGAACAGAUCAAGUCCAAGACGGUGAACUCGAACCUGUCGAUUGACAACGGGGUUUACAAGGGCGGCGACGACUUCAUCCGGAGCCAGUUCGAGGACUACCUGAUUGGGUUUUUGAGCUGCGUCAAGUACCACGACUUUUUGCGGCGGCAGGCGACGAGGGAGAAGGAGAAGGAGGUUGUGGAGCAGCUGCGGCUGGACACGUUUGACAACGACAUCGCCAGGUUUGGUGCCCGCUGGGUGGAGGAGUUCCGCCGCAGCCAGGUGUACGAGCACUGGAACGAGAUCACCGAGAACGAGCUCUUCAACUUCUUCGAGCCCAGACACGUCGGCAAGGACAUCGGCAAGGACGACGCUGCAGAGUACCAGUUCAAGGGAGGCGACGUCUUCAAGAGCUGGAUCAGCAGGUGGAAGGAGGCCGGACGAUCCCCGGCCCCCAGCCCCGGUCCUGGUUCUGGCGCUGGCGACGCCGAAACAGGCAAGGUAGCCCACGCAGACUCGGCAGAUAGGGGAGAUAAGCGAGAUAAGGGAGAUAAGGGCGGCGCCGGGGAGGGUGCGGAUAAGGCGCACGAAGGUAGGGGCGCCGACCCCGCUGCCGCCGCCGCUGCGACGGUGAAGACGACGAUGAACACCUUUGGCCGGGACGUGGGGCUCUUCUUCCGCAAGAUCGGAGACAACACCAGCCAGCGUCUCUACAGCAGCAACCCCAGCACCGAUAAGGACGCCCCCGCCGAGGAGCAUAAACAGCCGGAGGACGUUCCGGCGAGGGCCAAGCCCUGCGCCGAGGCUGACGCGGCCGAAAGGGGCAACGCAGCCGACACCGAGGGUGCCCCAGGAUCCGGCCUCGAGAGCCGGCUUCGGGGGCUGUUCCAGUGGGGGAAGUAGCAGCACCGCUGGCGCCAGGCCUCUCUCUGUACAUACACACCUGCAGCAGCGGGACAUAGAUACACACACACGUAACACAGAUGCAGCACACACCGUAGUUCGCCCGGCCCCGCUGUGGCGGGAGCGCUUAUCUCUGCU